AUGAAAGCCAUCACAACGAUGUGCGCAAAGAAUGGGAGCGCUUCCCUGCCGGCAGUGUCGAGUGGUCGAGUGCAGCGUCACCGAGACGGGGAAAACGACGAGAUUAAGCUGUACCUGUCGAAGCUCCGGGAGCUCGUACCGUUCAUGCCGAAAAACCGCAAACUGACCAAGCUCGAGGUGAUCCAGAACGUCAUCGAUUACAUCUGCGAGCUGCAGAAUGCACUCGACUCACAUCCCGCCGUCAAUGGCUUUGACUCGCUGGCCGUUCUUCAGCAUCAGCAGCAGCAGCAAAUAGGAUAUCAACCAGAAUCAAUGGAAUCCGUUCCGGCGCCAACGUCCAGACAACCACUGGCCACCAUCUUGAGCAGUAGUAGUACGAGCAACGUUUCCGGAUCACAUCUGAACGCUCUAGGCGAUGGAUUACAACAGCCUUGUACUACAUCGCUCCACAACUAA